AUGAAACAACAGAGAGAGGAUCAACACAAAUUAUGGCUGUAACCACACCAUCAACAGUGACAGAAUCAGUUACAUCAACACAAACUACAACAUCCAUGGUUUCACCAUCACAAAGACCAACACAAAUCACAGUUGUAGCCACUCAAUCAACAACUCCAGGACAAGCUACAACAUCUGCAACAAGGCAAUCAACACAAGAAAUCUCCAGUACUCAUGUUACUACACCAAAUAUUGCAGCGUCUCCACAAACUCCCAUGUCCACAACAACAGCAUCCACAGCAAUGUCAACUCCAUCCAUGACAACUACAACAGAGACAACUACAAUAGCAGUACUAUCAACACCAUCUGCAGAAACAGGAGUAACAACAACAAACUCUGUAGUACCAACAACAGAUCAACAAAAUGAAGCAAUGUCUGUCACAACACCAUCACAAACAAUUUCAACACAAACUACAUCAUCUGUAACAACACUGCCACAAACUAUAGCUGAUGAAACAACAGAGAGAGGAUCAACACAAAUUACAGUUGUAACCACACCAUCAACAGUGACAGAAUCAGUUACAUCACAAACAUCAACAACGGUAUCAUUAACUGCAGUGCCAACCACAGCUACAAAACAAAGUGCAGGAUCAACAACAAUUCACAGCACAACACCAACACAAAGUGGAUCAUUGACUACGUCAGCACAAACUACAUCAUCUGUGGCAACAGCAUUCACUACACAAACUGUAUCCACAACUGCAACUAUACAAUCUAUUCCACCCACAAUAGAAACAUCAAUAUCAACACAAAAUACAACAUCCAUGGUUUCACCAUCACAAAGACCAACACAAAUCACAGUUGUAGCCACUCAAUCAACAACUCCAGGACAAGCUACAACAUCUGCAACAAGGCAAUCAACACAAGAAAUCUCCAGUACUCAUGUUACUACACCAAAUAUUGCAACAUCUCCACAAACUCCCAUGUCCACAACAACAGCAUCCACAGCAAUGUCAACUCCAUCCAUGACAACUACAACAGAGACAACUACAAUAGCAGUACAAUCAACACCAUCUGCAGAAACAGGAGUAACAACAACAAACUCUGUAGUACCAACAACAAAUCAACAAAAUGAAGCAAUGUCUGUCACAACACCAUCACAAACAAUUUCAACACAAACUACAACAUCCAUGGUUUCACCAUCACAAAGACCAACACAAAUCACAGUUGGAACCACACAAUCAACAACUCCAGGACAAGCUACAACAUCUGCAACAAGGCAAUCAACACAAGAAAUCUCCAGUACUCAUGUUACUACACCAAAUAUUGCAGCGUCUCCACAAACUCCCAUGUCCACAACAACAGCAUCCACAGCAAUGUCAACUCCAUCCAUGACAACUACAACAGAGACAAUUACAAUAGCAGCACUAUCAACACCAUCUGCAGAAACAGGAGUAACAACAACAAACUCUGUAGUCCCAACAACAAAUCAACAAAAUGAAGCAACAUCUGUCACAACACCAUCACAAAUCACUUCAACACAAACUACAUCAUCUGUAACAACAGUACCACAAACUACAGCUGAUGAAACAACAGAGAGAGGAUCAACACAGAUUAUGGCUGUAACCACACCAUCAACAGUGACAGAAUCAAUUACAUCAACACAAAAUACAACAUCCAUGGUUUCACCAUCACAAAGACCAACACAAAUCACAGUUGGAACCACACAAUCAACAACUCCAGGACAAGCUACAUCUGCAACAAGGCAAUCAACACAAGAAAUCUCCAGUACUCAUGUUACUACACCAAAUAUUGCAGCGUCUCCACAAACUCCCAUGUCCACAACAACAGCAUCCACAGCAAUGUCAACUCCAUCCAUGACAACUACAACAGAGACAACUACAAUAGCAGCACUAUCAACACCAUCUGCAGAAACAGGAGUAACAACAACAAACUCUGUAGUACCAACAACAGAUCAACAAAAUGAAGCAAUGUCUGUCACAACACCAUCACAAAUCACUUCAACACAAACUACAUCAUCUGUAACAACACUGCCACAAACUAUAGCUGAUGAAACAACAGAGAGAGGAUCAACACAAAUUACAGUUGUAACCACACCAUCAACAAUGACAGAAUCAGUUACAUCACAAACAUCAACAACGGUAUCAUUAACUGCAGUGCCAACCACAGCUACAAAACAAAGUGCAGGAUCAACAACAAUUCACAGCACAACACCAACACAAAGUGGAUCAUUGACUACGUCAGCACAAACUACAUCAUCUGUGGCAACAGCAUUCACUACACAAACUGUAUCCACAACUGCAACUAUACAAUCUAUUCCACCCACAAUAGAAACAUCAAUAUCAACACAAAAUACAACAUCCAUGGUUUCACCAUCACAAAGACCAACACAAAUCACAGUUGUAGCCACUCAAUCAACAACUCCAGGACAAGCUACAACAUCUGCAACAAGGCAAUCAACACAAGAAAUCUCCAGUACUCAUGUUACUACACCAAAUAUUGCAACAUCUCCACAAACUCCCAUGUCCACAACAACAGCAUCCACAGCAAUGUCAACUCCAUCCAUGACAACUACAACAGAGACAACUACAAUAGCAGUACAAUCAACACCAUCUGCAGAAACAGGAGUAACAACAACAAACUCUGUAGUACCAACAACAAAUCAACAAAAUGAAGCAAUGUCUGUCACAACACCAUCACAAACAAUUUCAACACAAACUACAACAUCCAUGGUUUCACCAUCACAAAGACCAACACAAAUCACAGUUGGAACCACACAAUCAACAACUCCAGGACAAGCUACAACAUCUGCAACAAGGCAAUCAACACAAGAAAUCUCCAGUACUCAUGUUACUACACCAAAUAUUGCAGCGUCUCCACAAACUCCCAUGUCCACAACAACAGCAUCCACAGCAAUGUCAACUCCAUCCAUGACAACUACAACAGAGACAAUUACAAUAGCAGCACUAUCAACACCAUCUGCAGAAACAGGAGUAACAACAACAAACUCUGUAGUCCCAACAACAAAUCAACAAAAUGAAGCAACAUCUGUCACAACACCAUCACAAAUCACUUCAACACAAACUACAUCAUCUGUAACAACAGUACCACAAACUACAGCUGAUGAAACAACAGAGAGAGGAUCAACACAGAUUAUGGCUGUAACCACACCAUCAACAGUGACAGAAUCAAUUACAUCAACACAAAAUACAACAUCCAUGGUUUCACCAUCACAAAGACCAACACAAAUCACAGUUGGAACCACACAAUCAACAACUCCAGGACAAGCUACAUCUGCAACAAGGCAAUCAACACAAGAAAUCUCCAGUACUCAUGUUACUACACCAAAUAUUGCAGCGUCUCCACAAACUCCCAUGUCCACAACAACAGCAUCCACAGCAAUGUCAACUCCAUCCAUGACAACUACAACAGAGACAACUACAAUAGCAGUACUAUCAACACCAUCUGCAGAAACAGGAGUAACAACAACAAACUCUGUAGUACCAACAACAGAUCAACAAAAUGAAGCAAUGUCUGUCACAACACCAUCACAAACAAUUUCAACACAAACUACAUCAUCUGUAACAACACUGCCACAAACUAUAGCUGAUGAAACAACAGAGAGAGGAUCAACACAAAUUACAGUUGUAACCACACCAUCAACAGUGACAGAAUCAGUUACAUCACAAACAUCAACAACGGUAUCAUUAACUGCAGUGCCAACCACAGCUACAAAACAAAGUGCAGGAUCAACAACAAUUCACAGCACAACACCAACACAAAGUGGAUCAUUGACUACGUCAGCACAAACUACAUCAUCUGUGGCAACAGCAUUCACUACACAAACUGUAUCCACAACUGCAACUAUACAAUCUAUUCCACCCACAAUAGAAACAUCAAUAUCAACACAAAAUACAACAUCCAUGGUUUCACCAUCACAAAGACCAACACAAAUCACAGUUGUAGCCACUCAAUCAACAACUCCAGGACAAGCUACAACAUCUGCAACAAGGCAAUCAACACAAGAAAUCUCCAGUACUCAUGUUACUACACCAAAUAUUGCAACAUCUCCACAAACUCCCAUGUCCACAACAACAGCAUCCACAGCAAUGUCAACUCCAUCCAUGACAACUACAACAGAGACAACUACAAUAGCAGUACAAUCAACACCAUCUGCAGAAACAGGAGUAACAACAACAAACUCUGUAGUACCAACAACAAAUCAACAAAAUGAAGCAAUGUCUGUCACAACACCAUCACAAACAAUUUCAACACAAACUACAACAUCCAUGGUUUCACCAUCACAAAGACCAACACAAAUCACAGUUGGAACCACACAAUCAACAACUCCAGGACAAGCUACAACAUCUGCAACAAGGCAAUCAACACAAGAAAUCUCCAGUACUCAUGUUACUACACCAAAUAUUGCAGCGUCUCCACAAACUCCCAUGUCCACAACAACAGCAUCCACAGCAAUGUCAACUCCAUCCAUGACAACUACAACAGAGACAAUUACAAUAGCAGCACUAUCAACACCAUCUGCAGAAACAGGAGUAACAACAACAAACUCUGUAGUCCCAACAACAAAUCAACAAAAUGAAGCAACAUCUGUCACAACACCAUCACAAAUCACUUCAACACAAACUACAUCAUCUGUAACAACAGUACCACAAACUACAGCUGAUGAAACAACAGAGAGAGGAUCAACACAGAUUAUGGCUGUAACCACACCAUCAACAGUGACAGAAUCAAUUACAUCAACACAAAAUACAACAUCCAUGGUUUCACCAUCACAAAGACCAACACAAAUCACAGUUGGAACCACACAAUCAACAACUCCAGGACAAGCUACAUCUGCAACAAGGCAAUCAACACAAGAAAUCUCCAGUACUCAUGUUACUACACCAAAUAUUGCAGCGUCUCCACAAACUCCCAUGUCCACAACAACAGCAUCCACAGCAAUGUCAACUCCAUCCAUGACAACUACAACAGAGACAACUACAAUAGCAGCACUAUCAACACCAUCUGCAGAAACAGGAGUAACAACAACAAACUCUGUAGUACCAACAACAGAUCAACAAAAUGAAGCAAUGUCUGUCACAACACCAUCACAAAUCACUUCAACACAAACUACAUCAUCUGUAACAACACUGCCACAAACUAUAGCUGAUGAAACAACAGAGAGAGGAUCAACACAAAUUACAGUUGUAACCACACCAUCAACAAUGACAGAAUCAGUUACAUCACAAACAUCAACAACGGUAUCAUUAACUGCAGUGCCAACCACAGCUACAAAACAAAGUGCAGGAUCAACAACAAUUCACAGCACAACACCAACACAAAGUGGAUCAUUGACUACGUCAGCACAAACUACAUCAUCUGUGGCAACAGCAUUCACUACACAAACUGUAUCCACAACUGCAACUAUACAAUCUAUUCCACCCACAAUAGAAACAUCAAUAUCAACACAAAAUACAACAUCCAUGGUUUCACCAUCACAAAGACCAACACAAAUCACAGUUGUAGCCACUCAAUCAACAACUCCAGGACAAGCUACAACAUCUGCAACAAGGCAAUCAACACAAGAAAUCUCCAGUACUCAUGUUACUACACCAAAUAUUGCAACAUCUCCACAAACUCCCAUGUCCACAACAACAGCAUCCACAGCAAUGUCAACUCCAUCCAUGACAACUACAACAGAGACAACUACAAUAGCAGUACAAUCAACACCAUCUGCAGAAACAGGAGUAACAACAACAAACUCUGUAGUACCAACAACAAAUCAACAAAAUGAAGCAAUGUCUGUCACAACACCAUCACAAACAAUUUCAACACAAACUACAACAUCCAUGGUUUCACCAUCACAAAGACCAACACAAAUCACAGUUGGAACCACACAAUCAACAACUCCAGGACAAGCUACAACAUCUGCAACAAGGCAAUCAACACAAGAAAUCUCCAGUACUCAUGUUACUACACCAAAUAUUGCAGCGUCUCCACAAACUCCCAUGUCCACAACAACAGCAUCCACAGCAAUGUCAACUCCAUCCAUGACAACUACAACAGAGACAAUUACAAUAGCAGCACUAUCAACACCAUCUGCAGAAACAGGAGUAACAACAACAAACUCUGUAGUCCCAACAACAAAUCAACAAAAUGAAGCAACAUCUGUCACAACACCAUCACAAAUCACUUCAACACAAACUACAUCAUCUGUAACAACAGUACCACAAACUACAGCUGAUGAAACAACAGAGAGAGGAUCAACACAGAUUAUGGCUGUAACCACACCAUCAACAGUGACAGAAUCAAUUACAUCAACACAAAAUACAACAUCCAUGGUUUCACCAUCACAAAGACCAACACAAAUCACAGUUGGAACCACACAAUCAACAACUCCAGGACAAGCUACAUCUGCAACAAGGCAAUCAACACAAGAAAUCUCCAGUACUCAUGUUACUACACCAAAUAUUGCAGCGUCUCCACAAACUCCCAUGUCCACAACAACAGCAUCCACAGCAAUGUCAACUCCAUCCAUGACAACUACAACAGAGACAACUACAAUAUCAGUACAAUCAACACCAUCUGCAGAAACAGGAGUAACAACAACAAACUCUGUAGUACCAACAACAGAUCAACAAAAUGAAGCAAUGUCUGUCACAACACCAUCACAAAUCACUUCAACACAAACUACAUCAUCUGUAACAACACUGCCACAAACUAUAGCUGAUGAAACAACAGAGAGAGGAUCAACACAAAUUACAGUUGUAACCACACCAUCAACAGUGACAGAAUCAGUUACAUCACAAACAUCAACAACGGUAUCAUUAACUGCAGUGCCAACCACAGCUACAAAACAAAGUGCAGGAUCAACAACAAUUCACAGCACAACACCAACACAAAGUGGAUCAUUGACUACGUCAGCACAAACUACAUCAUCUGUGGCAACAGCAUUCACUACACAAACUGUAUCCACAACUGCAACUAUACAAUCUAUUCCACCCACAAUAGAAACAUCAAUAUCAACACAAAAUACAACAUCCAUGGUUUCACCAUCACAAAGACCAACACAAAUCACAGUUGUAGCCACUCAAUCAACAACUCCAGGACAAGCUACAACAUCUGCAACAAGGCAAUCAACACAAGAAAUCUCCAGUACUCAUGUUACUACACCAAAUAUUGCAACAUCUCCACAAACUCCCAUGUCCACAACAACAGCAUCCACAGCAAUGUCAACUCCAUCCAUGACAACUACAACAGAGACAACUACAAUAGCAGUACUAUCAACACCAUCUGCAGAAACAGGAGUAACAACAACAAACUCUGUAGUACCAACAACAAAUCAACAAAAUGAAGCAAUGUCUGUCACAACACCAUCACAAACAAUUUCAACACAAACUACAACAUCCAUGGUUUCACCAUCACAAAGACCAACACAAAUCACAGUUGGAACCACACAAUCAACAACUCCAGGACAAGCUACAACAUCUGCAACAAGGCAAUCUACACAAGAAAUCUCCAGUACUCAUGUUACUACACCAAAUAUUGCAGCGUCUCCACAAACUCCCAUGUCCACAACAACAGCAUCCACAGCAAUGUCAACUCCAUCCAUGACAACUACAACAGAGACAACUACAAUAGCAGUACAAUCAACACCAUCUGCAGAAACAGGAGUAACAACAACAAACUCUGUAGUACCAACAACAGAUCAACAAAAUGAAGCAAUGUCUGUCACAACACCAUCACAAAUCACUUCAACACAAACUACAUCAUCUGUAACAACACUGCCACAAACUAUAGCUGAUGAAACAACAGAGAGAGGAUCAACACAGAUUAUGGCUGUAACCACACCAUCAACAGUGACAGAAUCAGUUACAUCACAAACAUCAACAACGGUAUCAUUAACUGCAGUGCCAACCACAGCUACAAAACAAAGUGCAGGAUCAACAAUUCACAGCACAACACCAACACAAAGUGGAUCAUUGACUACGUCAGCACAAACUACAUCAUCUGUGGCAACAGCAUUCACUACACAAACUGUAUCUACACCUACGCCACCACAAUCUAAUCCACCCACAUUAGAAUCAUCAAUAUCACAUGCACCAUCCAUGGUUUCAUCACUACAAACACCAGGACAAAGUACAGUUGUAACUACACAAUCAGCCCCAAGUGCAGCAUCUCCAUCAGUAGAAUCUGCCACAUCAAAAACAUCAGCAGCAUUAAGAACACAACAACCCACAGCUUUAAAUGAAAAAGCUGGUUCAACGCCAAUUCACAGCACAAUACCAACACACAGUGACUCAGUGACGACACCAGUGCAAACCCUGCCAGCUGUGGCAACAGGGUUCACAACACAAAGUAAAGGAUCUGUGGAGACGACAACACCAACACACUCUAUUCUGCCUGGAAUAACACAAAUUACAAUUCCAACAUCGUUAUCAGUAUCUCCAGAACAAAGUACAGCAUAUGAAACAACACAAUCAGUCAGUUCAUCACCACCUUCAUCAGAAUCAUUAACAACCCCCACAACUACAAAACAAACCGCUAGAUCAACAACAGUUUACAGCUCUACACCAAGAUACAGCAGAUCAGUAUCUGCAGAAACACAAGUGAUAUUUACCACACAAAAUAGAGAAUCUUCAGAAACAGUGUUCACAGCAGAAACAACAGCUAAGCUCAUCUCACGUACAACAGAAUCAACAACAGCAACACAAACUACAUCAUCCUUGGGAACACGAUUACAAAAAUCAACACAAACAACAGUUGUAACCACACAAAUAACGACUCCAGGAGAAGCUAUGGCAUCUGUAGCAACAAAAUCAAUCAGGCCACCAACACUCAGCACAGCUUCGACAGUACAACCUACAUAUGCAUCAAGAGGAAUGCAAACUACCAGAUCAAUGGCAACUGAAUCCACAGCCCUGAAACAAACCACAGCACUGAUAGCAACAGAUCAAGUCACAUCACUGACCCACAAUUUACCCUCUGCAGCGACAACAUCAGACACAACCUCGCCUGCAACAUAUCUGGCAACAUUAUUUACAGAUACCAAGCAAUCGAGAACAUCAUCCCCAAACUCAGCUGCAGUCAGCACCCCUCCACAAAGUACAGCUUCUCCCAUCACACCUAGUCAAUCAUUAAAUACCCCUUCAGGAACUAUAAAUUCAUCAGUUCUUCCCACUGCAUUCACCAGACAGCCAACUGAUAUAACAACAUUACAAACUGCACAAUCAACAGGCAUCACCUCUGGUUCACAACCACAAAGUGUCUCAUCUGUCCCCAGCAUAGCUCCACACAGCACUGCAUCUUCAAACACUACACUUGUACUAGCCAACUCAGUAAGAGAAACAACACAUUCUUCCCUUACAUCACCUCAGACUCACAAUACAAUUGUGUAUAUGACUUCAGUGCCUGUACCAACAGAUGUGACACCUACCCAAAGUACAGGAAAUACUGUUCAAGGAAAUGUGAACAACUCUUUAACAGCUACACCAAAAAACCUAACUGUCACUCCAGCACUGUCAACUGCUACCCCUGCAACAAUGCCAUCAAGCUCACCUGGACAGAGCACAGCAACAACAAAUAUUGCCACAGACUCAAGUUCUCUUCAGCCUUUAUCAUUUUCACCAGAUGCAUCUCACCUGAAUCGUGCCCAAGUCAACACAACACAGCUGCAAGUUGAUCCUACUACUUACCCCUUAUCUGGGGGAAAUACUGUUUUUUUCAAAUACAGUGCCAAAAUUGGUGCAGUGAGGCCCCUUGUCUUUGAUCACCCAACUGUGAUCCAGACUGCAUUUCUGGUUUCAAAUGCCUCCAGUGCAGAUUCUCCAGAUCAGAACAACACAAGUGAGAUCCCCACAUCACCACCAGUGUAAAUUAGACACCAAAGACUUGAAUAUCCUUAUUGUUUGUAUGACUGAUGAUCAACCCUAAGUGAGGCUCUACACACCCUAAUUCAUUAUAUAAGAGGAAUGUGAGUAAACAAUGAUGGACUACCCUCAAAUUCUUUCAAACAAGGAUGUCAAUAAAAUAAAAUAAAAUAAAAUAAAUGCUUGUGAAAUUUACAAGUCACAUGUUCCACCUAUCGAGGCUGCUUAAUCACAAAAUAAGCAGAUUUCCAGUAUGUGUAAUCACUGAUACACCUGAGGUUUUUCACACUGGAUGUUAGUUUUCUGAGUUCAGCUGUCCAUCAAUUAUGUGCAACAGACUGUUAAGCAGUCUAAAUGGUAGCUGUCAAGGAAACUGUGUACAACCACAAAUAGAUAUAUCACUCAUGCCAUGAUGUCUGAAACAACAAUUGAGGACGUAAGCUAGGUACUGAAUGAUGUCCAUGGAGCUUCCUUCUACAUGUUUGUGGUGGUUAGACCAGCUGUGCAACAUUUCUUUCUGCGUAUGUGAAUGUUUAUGUGUUUGUGCACCUUGUCCUUUUCAAAGAUAACACUUAAACUCUAUUUUUAAACAUAAUAUCUGAAAAACAAACAAACAAAAACCUAAUACAUAAAAAAUCUAAUACAUAGUUGAAACUGGAAUAAAGUUUUUAUUGUUUAAAAUUUGUGUUUUUUCUUUGGGUUUGUUUUUGCUAUGCUAAGCCUUGCCUCUGAUUUCCAUUGCCAUUUAAUCCCCAAGAUCAAUUAAGGUUUUCAUUAUUAUUCAAGAUGUUUUAUCUAACAAUGAAAAUUAGGAGAAUUAAAAAACAUGGUCAAUAGUUCUUAUCUGACAACAGUGGGGGUAUGCCUUUAGGUGUUACUUUAACAAAUCUUGUAUACAAUUUGAUCUGACUUGAGUUUUCUUCCAUGUUGAGUUGUUUAUUGACUUUGUCGUUCAUCUGUUUUGUGAUAGUUUAUCUUCCUACAUUAUCUACCUGCACAAUACAUACUUAUUUUUCCUUUCUGUUUAUCCUGUUGUUUAUUUUUUUAAUCUGCUGAUACCAAUACAUUUACUGUUUAGAGCUCUGUGAUUAGUAACACCUUGAAUAAACAAUUACUUAUGCCUAUAUGCUGUAUUAUGUUUUGUUACUACUUUUUUUUCCUCAUUUCUUUAUUUACUCCCUGUGGAGUUUGUAUCCAGGUCACGUAGAGACAUUAUUACAGCAUAGUAUUAGACUGUAUCACCUCUAAUGGGAACUGGGAAAUGCCAGUCACAGUGAAGGCUUCUUCAUUAGGACAGGCAGACACCUGGAUUUCUACCUCUCUGCAUUUUUGGUCACACUGAGAGUCAGUGGAUCAAAUGAAAAAGGGCAAAGGGUAAUUUAUGUUUCCAAACAGCCUGUAGUCAUCUGUUAUCAUCUAAUUAUACUCCCCCCAAAAAGCUACGUAUAGCUGGUAUCUGGUUAUAACAUACGUUAUUAAUGCCUUAUUACUGAAUUAUGAGUACAUGACAUGCUGCCAUAUUUCUGGGUAUGAUUUUGAUGUCCUGGGCCAGAUCAGAUGUUGACUUUGUGGGAUCCUUUAUU